UUUUUUUUUUUAUUCUUUCUCCCCCUUUUAAUCCCAUUGUGCAAUAAAAUAUAAUAUGGCUGCCGUAGCAAAACCAACAGGUGUCAAUGGUGGAAAGUUCCAAGAUAAAGAUAAACCCAUGGAAGUUCGCAUGUCAAACAUUACUGCUGCCAAAGCUGUAGGUGAUGCGAUCCGUACCUCUUUGGGUCCUCGUGGCAUGGAUAAAAUGAUUCAAACAUCAAGCGGUGAAGUUGUUAUCACUAACGAUGGUGCUACUAUCCUCAAGCACAUGGCAGUGCUCCAUCCUGCCGCAAAGAUGCUUGUGGAUUUGUCUGCUGCUCAAGAUGUGGAAGCUGGUGACGGUACUACCUCUGUAGUGGUAUUAUGUAGUUCUUUAUUAUCAGCUGCCGAAAAGAUGUUAAACAAGGGCAUUCACCCCACCACCAUUGCCGAGUCUUUCCAAAGAGCUGCUGCUAAAUCUGUCGAGUUCUUGGAAGAGAUGGCCACACCCGUUGACUUGAGUGACCGUGAAUCACUCUUAAGAGCCGCCUCCACCUCUCUCAACUCAAAGAUUGUCUCUCAAUACUCUACUUUAUUGGCUCCUAUUGCCGUCGAUGCCGUCAUCCGUGUCAUUGAUCCAGCAAUCACCAACAAUGUCAACUUGAAUGAUAUCCGUGUCAUCAAAAAGGUCGGUGGCACUAUCGAUGAUACUGAACUUAUUGACGGUCUUGUCUUGAACCAAACCGUUGUUCGUACUGCUGGUGGCCCUAACCGUAUCGAAAAGGCCAAGAUUGGUCUCAUCCAAUUUCAAUUAUCUCCUCCCAAGCCCGACAUGGAGAACCAAAUUGUUGUAAAUGAUUAUAGACAAAUGGAUAAAAUCUUAAAGGAAGAACGUCAAUAUCUUCUCAACAUGUGUAAAAAGAUCAAGAAAUCUGGCUGUAACGUCUUGUUGAUCCAAAAAUCUAUUUUACGUGAUGCCGUGAAUGAUUUGGCUCUUCAUUUCUUGGCCAAGUUAAAGAUCAUGGUUGUCAAGGAUGUCGAACGUGAUGAAAUCGAGUUCAUCGCAAAGUCUUUGGGUUGUAAGCCUGUUGCUGAUGUCGAAUCCUUCACUGAUGAUAAGCUUGGUUAUGCUGAUUUAAUUGAAGAAACUGAAGAUGCUGGUGCUCGUAUUGUCAAGGUCACUGGUAUGAGACAUGCUGGUAAGACUGUCUCUGUCAUCUGUCGUGGUGCAAACUCUCUUGUCCUUGAAGAAUCUCAUCGUUCUCUUCAUGAUGCUCUCUGUGUCGUCCGUUGUUUGGUCAAGAAGAGAUUCUUGAUUGCUGGUGGCGGUGCUCCCGAAAUCGAAAUCUCCCAAAAGUUGAUGGAAUACGCAAAGACCUUGACUGGCAUGGAACAAUACUGUUUCCAAGCCUUUGCUGAAGCUCUUGAGGUCAUCCCCACCACUUUGGCUGAAAACGCAGGUUUAAACCCCAUUGCUAUCGUUACCGAAUUAAGAAACAAGCAUGCUCUUGGUGAAAAGACCGCUGGUAUCAAUGUCAAAAAGGGUACCAUCACAAAUAUUUUGGAAGAAAAUGUCAUUCAACCUUUAUUGGUCACUUCAAGUGCUCUUGAAUUAUCUGCCGAAACUGUUAAAAUGAUCAUGAAGAUUGAUGAUUUAGUUCAAUCUCGAUAAUUUUGUUAUAUUAUACACCCACCUACACAACACACACAACCUCCUCUCAGUUCAUACACACACACACUCUCACACACACUCUCUCAAGAAAGAUGUUUAUUUAUACAUAUAUUUUUUUUGCAAAAUAAAAUUACUUUUAAAGACAAU